AUGUCAGCAGGCUCUACUGUUAGGAUCUUGUGCGGACGGGACACCGGCGGUCAAACGAUGUUCCUCUACAGUCGAGUGCAAACCUUGAGGGAGUCUUGCCAGAACGGCUGGUGCUGUCCCGUGAAUAUCAACAGUAAUCCAAAACCGCCUCCGCGUUGUCUCGGCGCCAAAGCAACGUGUUCGUCUGAAAAUGACUGUCGAUCAUACAACGGCAAAUACAACUGCAUCAACGGAUGGUGUUGCCCAUUUAAGGUCAACGAGGAUGAUUAUGAAUAUGCGUCUUGUAGAGAGUCGAAAGGAAGGUGUCUGCAAGGAAACCGAUGUCAGCACCCGUAUCAGUGCAACAAGGGCUGGUGUUGUCCACCGCAGCCUGUCAAGUUGCCAGACAUACCUUGCGCAGGUUCCCCAAAACGGUGCCUUUACGACAGAGAAUGUACACCUUACGGAAACUAUCUCUGCACCAGAGGCUACUGUUGCAGCUCACCCAAAGCUCCUUCCAUAUCCAGAAGCGAAUGCCUGACCGACGUUGAUUGCGGUCGACGGUUCGGGGACGGCUACCUCUGUGACAAAGGCGUUUGCAGAAAACGACAGUUUCCACCCUCAACUCGGCCUCCGGUCCAUACCGUACGACCACCCACAAGAUCGUGCCAGUACUCGUCAGAAUGUGAACAGAGAUUCGGACGAUUUUACCAAUGCCGCAAGAACGUUUGUGUUUCCAGCUUUUUGACAAGGCUGCUCGAUAGUGUUUUGACGUUUCUGAAGGCGCAAGAGUAA